AUGAGUUCCUCUCCACUGGUAUCACGAGCCAACAUGGACAUCCUGGAUGAGCUGCAGCUUAUCGCAGCCCAGAACUUGGAGAGGCUGGAGGUCAACAAAUACUACGAGGUGAUCAGGGAGCUUGGCAAGGGCACCUACGGAAAGGUGGACCUGGUCAUCCACAAGAUCAGAGGUACAAAAAUGGCACUGAAGUUCCUGAAGAAAAAGACGACCAAGCUGAAGUCGUUUCUGCGGGAGUACAGCAUCUCGCUCUAUCUGUCUCCCUGCCCUUUCAUCAUCAACAUGUUUGGCAUCGCCUUCGAGACCGACGACUACUAUGUGUUCGCACAGGAGUAUGCUCUGGCAGGAGACCUCUUUGACAUCAUUCCUCCACAGGUUGGUCUUCCUGAGGCAGUGGCAAAGCGCUGUGUGCACCAGGUAGCCAUUGCUCUAGACUACCUGCACUGUAAGAAGCUGGUCCACAGGGAUAUCAAGCCUGAAAACAUCCUCAUUUUUGACCGAGAGUGCCGCAAGGUCAAACUGUCCGACUUCGGCAUGACUCGUCGGGCUGGCUCACCUGUGAAACGAGUGAGUGGCACCAUCCCCUACACGGCUCCUGAGCUCUGCGAUGUGUCACGCCACGAGGGUUUCUGUGUGGACUACAGCACUGACGUCUGGGCCUUCGGUGUGCUGCUCUUCUGCAUGCUGACAGGUAACUUCCCCUGGGAAAAGGCGCUGCCCUCUGACUCCUUUUACCAGGAGUUCAUUCGCUGGCAGAGGAGGAGGACGAAUACGGUGCCGUCCCAGUGGAGGCGCUUCACUGAACAGGCCCUCCGCAUGUUCCGCCGGCUGCUCUCGGUGGAACAGGACCGCCGCUGCUCUGUCAAAGAGGUGUUUGGCUACUUCAGUCACUCCUGGAUGCUGGAUGGGGAGAACAACAACAACAAUGGCAACGUAGGAGGUGGAAGCACUGGUGAGAGGGAGCUCCUGGUAGAGCGGAUGAAGCAGCAGACUCUGUCUCCUCUCUCCCCGUUAGGGAAUGGUGGCGGGGCCAAAGGUGGGAUGAUGGAACCGGGCGCGGGACACCAUUUCGUGUCCGUCUCCACCAACAGCUCUGUGUCAUCCACCAACAGUUACGAACGAAUGCCGAGAGAAAACAGUUCGCCAGGCGGCCGCAUGCUGGUGGCUACGCCCAUAGAAAUCUGUGUCUGA